GAUCUCACUGCAUGAUCUAUUGACCUCGCAAUAUAAAUUUUGUUUGCUUGUUAUGCAUUAAUGCUAAUACCACCACAAUAUAUAAAUAUACAGAUAAGAGUCAUGUUCCCACUCUAGUCUCUAACAUUUUACUUUGAAUUACAUUCAAUUCCUCACGCCAAAACCACAACACUUAGCAAAGGAAGCAACAUGAAUGUGAUGAAGCACACAAUCUUUUUUCCAUUUUUACAUUUACUAUUACUAAUCUCCCUCCAUCCUCCCACCACCGUAGUAGCCGACGGCAAUUCCACAACCGGCAUUGACCGGUGGUGCGACCAAACUCCUUACCCUGAUCCAUGCAAACACUACUUCAAAACCCACAAUGGUUUUCGACUGCCGACACAACUAUCGGAGUUCCGAGUAAUGCUUGUCGAAGCAGCCAUGGACCGGGCCGUAUCCGCCCGGGACGAGUUAACUAAUUCCGGACGGAAUUGCACUGAUUGCAAGAAACAAGCCGUUUUGGCCGACUGCAUCGACCUCUAUGGAGACACGGUCGUGCAGCUAAACCGGACGCUGCAGGGUGUGUCUCCGAAAACUAGUGCAGGAAAACGAUGCACCGACUUCGACGCUCAGACCUGGCUGAGCACCGCGCUUACAAACACCGAGACUUGCCGACGUGGCUCAUCAGAUUUCAAUGUCUCGGAUUUCAUCACACCAAUCGUUUCAGACACUAAAAUCUCCAACCUAAUAAGCAAUUGCUUAGCUGUCAACGGAGCCCUCUUGACCGCCACAAACAACGGCACCACCACGGCUGAUCAAAAGGGUUUUCCGACGUGGGUUUCCGGUAAAGAGAGGCGACUUUUGCAGUUUCAAUCAGCACGUGCCGUCAAAGCCAACCUCGUGGUGGCUAAAGACGGAUCCGGACAUGUCACGACGGUGCAAGCAGCUAUUGACUUGGCGGGACGGAGAAAAGUGACGUCAGGGAGGUUUGUAAUAUACGUGAAGAGAGGGAUAUAUCAAGAAAACAUAAACGUACGUCUGAAUAACGAUGACAUAAUGUUGGUCGGAGAUGGAAUGAGAUCCACCAUUAUCACCGGAGGUCGUAGUGUGAGAGGUGGUUACACCACUUACAAUUCCGCCACUGCCGGUAUCGAGGGACUUCACUUCAUAGCCAAAGGUCUAACAUUCCGGAACACGGCAGGUCCGGCCAAGGGCCAGGCCGUGGCACUCCGGUCAUCUUCAGACCUCUCAAUCUUCUACAAAUGCUCAAUCGAAGGAUACCAAGACACAUUAAUGGUCCAUUCACAACGCCAGUUUUACCGUGACUGCUACAUAUACGGAACCGUCGAUUUCAUCUUCGGAAACGCAGCCGCGGUUUUCCAAAACUGCCUCAUCCUCCCUCGCCGGCCACUCAAAGGCCAAGCAAAUGUUAUAACCGCACAAGGUCGUGCUGAUCCAUUUCAGAACACAGGGAUCUCAAUCCAUAACUCAAGAAUCCUACCGGCUCCUGAUCUAAGACCGGUUCUACCUAGCGUUAAGACGUAUAUGGGUAGGCCUUGGAUGAAGUACUCACGCACCGUGGUUCUUCAGACGUAUUUGGAUAGUGUUGUGAGUCCUUUCGGGUGGUCUCCGUGGACCGAAGGUUCGGUUUUCGGUUUAGAUACGUUGUUCUAUGCGGAGUAUAAGAAUAGUGGACCGGCUUCGUCCACGAGGUGGCGUGUUCGUUGGAAAGGGUUUCAUGUGUUGAACAGAGCUUCUGAUGCAUCUGCUUUCACUGUUGGUAGGUUCAUCGCCGGUUCUGCGUGGCUCCCACGAACCGGUAUACCUUUCACUUCCGGUCUAUAAAGGCCAUAUCUUGGUGUGUUUGUUACUUUUUCGUCCUUAUAAUUACAAUGAUGUAAAAUGUUACGACUCUGAAUAUAAGUAAUGUUCCAAUUCCAUUCUUAUUUGAGAUACCGGAAAAGGGAACAAAACCGAAAUUUCCGUCCGGUCCCAACAUUUGAUUCUAAUAACUGUACCAAUAAAAUGUACAUUCUCGUAGU